AUGCCCUCGCCCGCCGCCUCCCGCUCCUCCGCCUCCUCCCCCCGCGCCCCCAUGCGCCGUUGGUUCGCCACGGCCAUGGAGAGGCUGCGUCUCCGCCGCCGCCGCCGCAGCCAGAGCCCGCCCGCGUCGCCCGCUCCGCCCACCGCCGCCGCCACCACCACCGCUCCUCCCCGCCCGCCGCGCUUCGUGGGGCUUAGCCCCUUCGAGACUUCGCCGCCGGCGCCGCAGCAGCAGCAGGAACAGCAGCAGAACCAGCAGCAGCAGCAAGGCCCGCCACCGCCUGCUCCGACCCGCCGUGCUCCGCCGCCGCCGCCCGACCCCGUCCUCCGUCCGCGCGCGCGCACCAUCCCGCUGAGCGAGAUCGCGGCGGGCAGGGCGCUGGUCUCGUGGCUGCCGCCUGCGCAGAGGCACUGCGUCCUCUGCAAGAAGCCGUACGACGGCGCCAACACCGACCUCGAGAGGCGCACGCCGUGGGAGGAGAGGGAGCAGGCCGUCCGCGUGCCCGGCUGCAGCAAGACGGGACGCGAGUCCCACAUCGUCGGCCGCCGCUGCCUGGAGCGCUGGGAGGCCGACGCGACCCAUCUCGUUACCACCCAGGCUGGUGUCGACAAAUCCUCGAGCAAGGCCAAGGAGGCUCAGAAUCGCGACAUUUUUCUCGUGAACCUGGGCUGGAUGUUGGACUCCGAGCACUCCAACGCGAAGGCCGACGAGACGCAGUACACCUUCGGCAACGCAGCUUCCAACGCCACGACCGCCUCAGGGUGCUCUGCUGCUGCUGCCGCAGCCAGAUAUGCUUUUUUUUGCUUUGCGUUUGGGGCUUGUCCCCGUUAG